AUUUUAAUCUCUUAUAUACCUUUUUUUUACUAACUUAGAAUUUUAUUUUACAUAGAAACUAAUAUAAAAAGUUUGAGAUACAAAAUAAGAUGAGGACAUUUUUGCUUAUUUGUUUCAUUAUAUUUCUUAAAAUUCAUGGGUAUCAAGUAUCUUCUGCCACAUUAACGAUUUCGAGUGAUGCUGCACAAAUAAUUAAUUCUAAAACCGAAGGUGACGCAAAAGAAAAUGAUCAAAAAAUUGGCGAAAACACGAUCGAGAAAGAAUCACUGAUUGCUCAAAAACAGAAUGCAUUAGGAAGCAAAAGAAAUCUUAAAAACAAAAAAAAUAUGAAAUCAAAGGCAGCUUUACCACUUGAGCAAGCUACAACAGGAGAUAAACGCAAUUCUAAACGUUUUAACAAAAAGAGUUUAUUAAAGAAACUGAAACUAAAAAAAACACCAACAAAAAUCAAAACUAUCGACGGCGCCAAGAAAACGUUGAACGAAAAUGACGUCUCGGUGCUUGCUAAUGCUGAGAAAAUUUAAAAACAAUUUCAUUGAAAUCUGGUUAUCGAAAAGAAAAACAUCUCUGCAAAAUCUAAUAAGAGCAUAAAAACAACGGAGUAAUGCGUUUUUCUCAUUUCAAUAUAUUUUUCAGUUUUGUUUUAACGUUUUUAUCAAGUUAUGGUGCUUUAUGAACGUCUCGUUCAAUGAAUUAGCAAUUUUUGUAUAUUCAAAAUAAGAACUAUUUUUUAAAACAUGAAUGUUAUACCGAAGAAUAUCUUGUAAUACUUUAUACUAAAUUAAAAUGAUGAUUAACUAAUGUUAGUUGACCGCCAUUAAAGAAAAACAACAAAAACUAAUUUACAUAGUUGAGUAUCAUAUAUAUUUAAAUAGGGUAUAUAUUUUCCACGGGAUUCGGAUAAAAAUAUUUUUUAUAUCAUACAAAUAUUUUUGUUAUAAAAAGGUAACCAUAAUAUAUUAGUAGAAAUAGUAACCACAAAAUAAAAUGUAAAGCUCUAAUUAUAUGGAUGUGUGAGAUGUAUGUAAGAUACUAUAAUAUCUUCUAA